AUGAUGAUGAGUGUCCUGUUCACCUGCCACGUCCCCGUCACAAUUCUGACGGGCUUUCUCGGAGCGGGCAAGACGACGCUGCUGAAUCACAUCCUGACCGGAGCGCAUGGCCUCAAGGUCGCGGUCAUCGAGAACGAGUUCGGCGAGGUCGGCAUCGACGACAGCCUGGUGAAGCAGCGGUUUGAGACCCAGGAGGAGAUCUUCGAGAUGAACAACGGGUGUAUCUGCUGCACUGUGAGAGGUGACCUCAUACGGAUCUUGAGCAAGAUCUUGAAACGAAAGACCAGGCUCGACGCUAUCUUGAUCGAGACUACAGGAGUGGCUGACCCAGCGCCCGUGAUUCAAACUUUCUUCAUGGAUGAAAGUAUCAGGGCUCAAGCAAAAGUCGAUGCUGUGCUGACAGUGGUGGACGCUAAGCACAUCCUCCAGCAUCUCGACGAGGAGAAGCCGGAGGGGGUCGAGAACGAGUCGAUCGAGCAGGUUGUCUUUGCUGACAAGAUCCUCCUCAACAAGAUCGACCUGGUUUCCGAAGAGCAGCUCCGAGAGGUCCAGCAGCGACUUCGUCAGCUCAAUCGCAUGUCCGAGAUCAUUCCCUGCCAGAUGGCGCAAGUGCCCGUCGACAAGAUCCUGGGCAUCGGAGCCUUUGACCUCGAGCGCAUCAUGAAGAUGGAGCCAGACUUCCUUAGUGACCAUGAGCACAUGCACGACUCGGCUGUGACGAGCGUUGGGAUCAUGCGAGAGGGGGAGCUCGACCUGGACAAGACCAACGGAUGGAUCAGCUCGUUGCUGAAGGAGAAGGGACAAGACAUCUAUCGAUCUAAAGGCGUUCUAUCUAUCAAGGGUAUGGACUCCAAGUUUGUGUUCCAGGGUGUGCAUAUGAUGUUUCAAGGAGAACCACAUUCGCCUUGGGGAAAGGAUGAAGUUCGCAUGAACAAGCUCGUCUUCAUCGGCAAGAAUCUUGAUCGCCAGCAGCUCAACCAAAGCUUCGAAGCUUGUCUGAUUAAGUGA